AUGGCGGAAAUUGCAGCACGCAACCAGCGAACUGAUCCGGUUGAGCUUAACUUGCAGCCACCCACCGUGAUUACCGAGACAAUGAACAAUGGAAGUUUCUUGGAUUUGGAAUUGACAUUCCCAGCAAUUCCCUUGGGUCAGAACGGUCAAAGGGGGCAACCAGACAUACCGGAGGAUUCAUUUCUAGACCUAACCCUUCAGUAUACGCCAUGUGAUCCAGUUAGUCGCGAUGAGGCAUUGAAUGUUGAUACAAUGAACAGUCAAAGUAAUUUCUUGGAUUUGGAAUUCACAUUCCCAGCCAUUCCCUUGGGUCAGAGCUGUCAAAGGGGGCAACCAGACAUACCUGAGGAUUCAUUUCUAGACCUAACCCUUCAGUAUACGCCAUGUGAUCCAGUUAGUCCUGAUGAGGCUUUUAAUGAUGAUGCUGGAAGCUCUAGAAGAGCUCGAGAGACUUAUACUUUUGAUUCCGAGUCAGAAAUCUCAGCACGCAACCAGCAAAGUGAUCCACUUGAACAUAACCUGCAGCCAUCCACCGUGAUUACUGAGUCGCAUGUCGCACCUGUUGCACCAUUGCCACCGCCAUCGCCGCCACUGCCUACUUACACCUGCCCAAUUUGCUUGGGUCCAAUGACUGAAGAGACGACCACAAGGUGUGGUCACAUUUUUUGUAAAGGCUGCAUAAAAAGUUCCCUUUCAACAGGAGACAAAUGUCCUAUUUGUCGGCACAGGAUCACCCCCAGGGGCCUCCACAGGCUUUACUUUUAUGAUGCCCUCUAA